UUCUCUCAUUUUCUCUCUCGAUCACAGCUGAACGGAACUCACUUCUCUCGAGCUCCUCCGUUUCUGUGAUUGGUGUUUGGUUCGUCUUCUUGGGCCACUCUAUCUUCAACUUGCAGCAAACCCCAAUCAUUCCAAUCCCUAGAAGAAAGAGUUCUUUUUUCAGCUCAUCUCUUGAACUUGGAAGUGGAAUCAGACAAUUGGGCGGUGAUCAAGCUCGAAGAGGUUUGAGUGCCUCAUAAUAAACAUGAAUUUGCAACAAGUUGGGCAGCCCAAAUCUUUCAACGGAUAUGGCCGCCGAAAAUCUGAAAGGGAUGGAGCAUUCAGGUCAGAGAAUAAGAUCCAGUCUGGAAAAUCAAAUGCCAGCAGAUUAGCGAGUACAGUGCCUGGCACUAAAGGUGAUAAUUAUGAGAGGCCUUCACAUGAUCGAUUAUUGUAUAUAGCAACUUGUCUCAUUGGGCGACAGGUGGAAGUCCAUGUGAAAAAUGGAUCUAUAUACUCCGGAAUUUUCCAUGCAGCAAAUGCCGACAAAGAUUUUGGAAUCAUUUUGAAGAUGGCUCGCUUGAUGAAGGAUAGUUCUGUUCGAGGGAAGAGGUCUGGUGCAGAAUUUGUGAGCCAAGCUCCUUCAAAGACAUUAAUUAUAUCUGGGAAAGAUCUUGUACAAAUCAUGGCAAAGGAUGUUGCUGUUACUCAGGAUGAUUUUUGUGCUGAGGCUCACCAUGAAACGCACCAGGAGAUUAUGGUUGAUUCAGCAAUAUCUCAAUCUCGUCAACUCGAGCUGGAGAGAGAACUAUUACCUUGGGUGCCUGAUGGAGAUGAUCCACAAUGCCCUGAACUGGAAAAUAUAUUUGAUGGCCCUUGGAAUAGAGGAUGGGAUCAAUUCGAAACAAAUGAAACAUUGUUCGGUGUAAAAAGCACAUUUAAUGAGGAAUUAUAUACCACAAAGCUUGAAAAAGGGCCUCAUACGAGAGAGCUGGAGAAACAGGCUUUAAAAAUAGCAAGAGAAAUUGAGGGCGAGGAAACCCGAGAUCUUCAUUUAGCAGAGGAAAGAGGUAUACCCCUGCAUGAAGACUUUGAUAUUGAUGAAGAGACCAGAUUCUCGUCAGUCUACAGAGCUAAAGGGGUUGAUGACAGUGGGCAUGAUGAAAGAGAGGAUGUACUAAUAGAUUCCCGGAAUUCUGAAACAUUUGAUGAUACGUUUGCUCCAGUUGUCAAUAAAUCCAGUGAUUUAGCCAGUGGUGAAGGCAAUGAUGGAGUUCGAUUAUUGUCAGAUUCCUCCAUUAUGGAUCUCCCUCCGUCAACUCAGUCAACUAUUGGCGUGGAUAUUAGCCGCUCUAGUUCUUAUGAUUCUGCUAAACAAUUAGCAUCUGAACUCCCUGCCAAAAGUUGUACAUCUUUGGAUGGAGAAAGGGUUCAGGAUUCAAUCAUUGAUCAAUACGGAGCAAAUGAUAGUAGCAAGGAUGAAAAUCAGGUACAGGCUGAGGAUGAUCGACCAUCAAAUUCUGAGGAUUCACAGUCAUUGCUCAACUUGAAGAAAGAUGGCUCUGAUAAAGGGGAAUUAAAUGCCUCCUCUUGUGCCCCUUCAUCCCAUGUUUUAUUAAGUACUCAAGGAAAGGCAGGGUCACCUGGAGAUAUAAUUGAGAGUUCGGCUUCAGGCAAAGUGAAUGGGGAUACAAAGUCUGAGAACUCCCAUGGAAGACCAGGCAGUUCUGCUUCAUCUGCUUCAGAGCGUGUGGGAGGUUUGACGGCAUCUUCUUGUCCUGGCCUCUCCCCAAGUUCUUCAGUUGGUUCAUUAUCUUCUGAAAGAUCAACUCUGAAUCCCAAUGCAAAGGAAUUCAAGCUCAACCCAAAUGCAAGGAGUUUCAUUCCAUCCCAAACGCCUAUUAGACCUCCCUCCCCAGUGUCUGAUGCUUCUUCAUUCUAUUUCCCACCUAAUGCAACUAGUGUGCCGCAUAUGCCAACCAUGUCUGUUGGUGUUGGGAUGGGACCUACGUUUACGGGGCCACAACAGGUCAUAUAUAAUCCACAGGUAGCACAGAUGCCAUUAACAUAUUUUCAUCCAAAUGGACAAUAUGGGCAGCUUGUUGGUCAUCCCAGGCAAGUCAUGUACAUGCCGCCAGGAUACAUACCUGAAACGCAGUAUAGGGGACGGGAUUAUUAGGGAUUGGUGACGUCUGCUUCAUUCCUGAAAAUAAUUUCUGUGGAUGGCUUGAAAGAGUUCUGAAGGAAAAAGAUAUCUGCUGUCUACGGAAGUCUUAUAUGCAUAGGUCUUGUACAUCCAGGCAAGAGGACUUGUUCAGGGAUAUAAUUUUAUGACCUUUAAUUAACCAGUACACAGGUUUCUGUUUCUGUCUCCUUGUAGCUUCAGUUUGUUUGACUUCUUUACCUUAAUUUUUAUGCAAUUUUUUAUUUAAUGUUUAAUUGCCGGCA